GAUUAUAUUACGAAUGAUUCGAUUUUUAACUACAUAAUUUGCAAAGUUUCUUCCAAAGAGAAUAAACAAAUACGUUUUUUUUAAAUAUUUUCAUCAUGUUAAGUUCAAUUAAAAUGUUAAAAGUGUCUCAUUUUGCAUCUAAAAUGUGUCGUUUCACCGGACAAAUUAUACGUGAAAAAUGUUCAUCGGUUGGUGCUAUAAAUACAUUCGAAAAACCAAAAAGUAAACAAUACUCAUUCGAAUAUCCACCAGAAUUGCGUCGAGAACACGAAGAAUUUAUGCUUUUGUUUCCCGAUGUAGUUAAUCACUUAACGGAGUAUGCUGCAAAUAAUUUUAAAUUGAUGGAUGCUGCAAAACAUUUUGCCAAUGCAUUGGAAUACGAUGUACCAAAUGGUAGAAAAAAUCGCGGCCUAAACGCUGUUAUCGUAUACAAAGAUUUGAUUGGGAAGGAACGACAGACAUCAGAAAAUAUUAGGCAAGCUCAAAUUCUUGGAUGGUGCAUUGAACUUAUGGUAUCCUCAUAUUUUAUGGCAGACGAUAUUAUUGACUGCAGCAAAAUAAGACAUAAUAAACCAUGUUGGCAUACGUUGAACAACGUAAAAUCAAUUGCUGUCAAUGACGUUUUGAUGAUUGAAAAUGGAUGUUACUUACUGUUAAAAGAAUUCUUUGGACAUUUUUCAUGUUACCCGCGCAUGUUUGAGUUGUUUCAGGAAUCAACAAUGAAUGCAUACAUUGGACAAUCGCUUGACUUUCAAAUUGGCAACGGUGAUAUUGCGCAAUUUUCAAACGAAAAGUACAUUUGUAUUACAAAUUAUAAAACAGCAGCAUUGUUAUUAUAUGUUCCAAUCGCAUUGCCCAUGAUCUUCGCAGGAUACGAAAAUGAGCAAAUGUUCGAAGAUAUCAAGAAUAUUAGCAAUGAUGCGGGACAUUUUUAUCAAGUACAAAAUGAUUAUUUCGAUUGCUUUAACGAUGCGAAUGUACUGAGAAAACCUGGCACAGACAUUGAAGAUGGAAGAUGCACAUGGCUAGCAGUUACUGCAAUGGAACAUGUCUCAGAUGAACAAAAAGACAUAUUAAUUAAAUGCUAUGGACAAAAUGAUGCAGAAUGCAUUAGACAAGUAAAGCAAGUGUACAAAGAUUUGGACUUACCCAAACUCUAUAAUCAGUUUGCAGACCAAACUCAUUACAACAUCAAAAAGAAAAUUGAAGCAUUUUCACAACAGUAUGAUUUACCGCCGAACAUUUUUCUCAAGACAUUGAACACAUUAUUUGCAGAUCAAAUGAUUUAUAAAUCAGAUUGAAUGUCUUAGAUUUUUUAAAAUAAGAUAAUAAUAUUUUUUCACUGCAAAUAUUGGUGAUAAAAAAUGUCAUAUUUGUUCUCUGAUUUUUUAUAUGUACUUGAGGUUGUAACAGUUCUAUGUGAAAAAUAUUAAAUUAAACAAUAUGAAACAUUUUGUUGGUAGAACCUUCCAUUUUAAGUACUCAGGCAAUAACAAGUGCAAUAAAAAAUAAACAAUUGAA